CACAAUUUUCUAAACAUAACCUAUCUUUUUCCUAUCUAAAUAUAAAGGACGCUUAUUCUUCUUUUCGGUUAUUUCCUCUAGUUAAGCGUUAAAAUGGCUGUACAAACGAAAGCGUACAGCUUUUUCAACAAUUUUAGAUCGAUUUUAACCAACAGGAUUUCCCUCAGCGUGCAACCCACUUUAGGAAUUUCAACGGAAACUAAAUCCAAGCUCAAUACUUUACCUGAGAAACCAAAAAAGCCCCAAACAACAUUCAUCCGUUUUUGCCAGGAGCACAGAGCGGAAGUUGUAAAAAGCAAUCCAUCUGUUAAAUUAGGUGAAAUAACCAAAAUUUUAGCAGAAAAAUGGAAAACUGUUAAUGAAGAUGUUAAAAAAGCAUAUGAGGAGAAGUACAAAAAAGAAAUGGUUAAAUACACAAAAGAACAUUUAGAUUAUUUAGCGAGUCUUACAGAUCAACAAAAACAAAUUUUAAGUGAUUAUGCUAAAGAAAAGAAACACAUUAAAGAAACGAAAAAGUUGCAUCAAUUUUACAAGGAUUCGAAUAAACCAAAACGUCCUAAAGGACCCUACAUGUGGUAUGUAACAGAAAAAUCCUCCAUCGAUAAGCAACCAUUAAGAACAUUAUUAUCCGAAUGUAAAGGAAAAUGGAUGAAUAUGAGCGAAUCUGAAAAAUUAAAAUACACCCAAAUGUAUGAAGAUGAUAAAAAACGUUAUGAAACUGAAAUGGAAGCUUGGGAAGGAAAGAUGAUUGAGGAAGGUCACUUAAAUGUCAUUCGUAAAUCUACUCUUGAAGAUCAUAAACCAAAAUCAAAACCAAAACGUAAUGUUGAAAAGAAACCGAAAGAAAAAGUCAGUCAAAAAUAGGGGGGCGCAUGUUCUUACCAAAUUGAGUCCGCCGAAUGCGGUAGGGACACCUCGGAAGUGAGUUUGUUCUCGAAUCAAAGUGCCAAUGAACUAAAUAAAGGUGAAAAUAAAGUUCAAAUAAAAGAAAAAGAGGUGGAUAAAACUGAAUUAAAUGAAAAUAAAAGUGAAUCUGGUGGUUUGGUCUCGAGGAUUAAAAAGGUGUUUAAUUUUAAAUUUUGAAUAGUAUCAAUUUUUUUUUGUGUUAGUUCUUUAAUUCAUUCGAAGAUUUCGUUAUAAUUUUUUUUUUAAUCUGUGUGUUUUUUGAAAUAAGAUUUAAUAAAAUCUCUUUUGUAUUUAA